ACAAGCGUGAGUUACACUGUGUACAAGAUAGUAGGCGAUCAGGUGCGUAGAAACAUGUCUGGGAAACCCAAGCUGCACUACUUCAAUGGACGAGGCCGAAUGGAAUCAAUACGGUGGCUACUAGCAGCAGCUGGCGUUGAGUUUGAAGAAUGUUUUCUGGAAACAAAGGAUGAUCUGACAAAGUUACAGAAGGAUGGAUCCCUGCUGUUUCAGCAAGUGCCAAUGGUGGAGAUCGAUGGGAUGAAGAUGGUGCAGACCAGAGCCAUCCUCAGCUACAUAGCAGCAAAGUACAACCUCUACGGGAAGGACCUGAAGGAGAGAGCCCUAAUUGAUAUGUACGUGGAAGCAAUAAUAGAUCUGAAUGAGUUACUCAUGACCCAUAUUCUUCAACCAGCGGAUAAAAAGGAGCAACACUUAGCUACUAUUGUGGACAAGGCCACAAACAGAUACUUCCCAGUCUAUGAGAAGGUUUUGAAAGACCACGGACAAGAUUUUCUUGUUGGUAACCAGUUUAGCAGGGCAGAUGUGCAGUUACUUGAAACCCUUUUAAUGGCAGAAGAGUGCAAGCCUGAUAUACUUGCCAAAUUUCCUCUCUUGCAGAGUUUUAAAGCAAGAAUAAGCAAUAUCCCCACAAUAAAGAAAUUCCUGCAGCCUGGCAGCCAGAGGAAACCACCACUCCAGGAAAAAGAUGUACCAAAAGUGAUGAAGAUUUUCCACUGAGCAGCAGCCUAAACUGACAGAAACUCUAUUUCAUUGUCUUUGUGUUUACUGAUAGUGGCAAAGUGAUAUUAAUGAAAAUAGUGAAAAGGUUUUUGAUCUCUCUUUCCUUAGCUACAGGACUGGUUUUAGCUUACUGCAAACAUUUCCAAGGUAAAUGUACAGAAGCAUACCAGCAAAUGAAAUAGUUCACUGAGUUAGGGGGUACACUGGGCAACACAGGAUGUCUUACAUUACUUAAGAGAUGAUGUGAAAUAAAGUCUUACUAUUGACAAUCAAAACCAGUUUGUUCAAUAACUUCUUGCUGCUACUUAUAUACCUAAGGGCUCUCUGGUUCUGCCUUUCUGGCAUUCCCAAGAGUUGUGGGGAAAUGAAGAGAGUUUAGCCCAAACAGUGGGCAGUGCAUCUGUUCUGGGAAAUGCCAGGAACAGCCUGCAGGUUCUGGUUUGAUGGGGAUAACAGGUUUGGAUUCAGCUUUCCUCUGAACCUGGAGUAUGCUGGGACCAGAGGUCCUAAUGCACCUCUGUUUUGCCAUUAGAUGUUCAAACUCUUGUACUGUAGCUUCACCAGUAUUUCCUUUAACGAAAGGUCUACUGUAGCAGCUAAAAGCGUUUUGCAGACUUGCCUAAGAAACAAAUGCUUGUCACGGACUGUAAAGCUGAAAACUUGUUGUUUGAGGAAGGAGUCAUCAGAUUGGUGUCAGGUGCCAGCUGAGACUUUGAAAUGCAGGACUUCAUGUUGACUUAUGUCACUUUAUAUUACACUCAGUUGCACAUAAGUGGUACAUUAUGAUCACUUAAAUCAAGCACCACUACUGAGAGGCUAGCAAGACAGCUGAACACAUAAAUACGUGUGUUAUUUGAGCACCAAAUCAACCAAGUAUGUAAAUGCAACAGCCAGUGCCCUAAAACCAACUGGCAGCUUUAAUCUGAGCACACUCAGGGCACUAAAACUCUUGCUGACACUGAUAGCUCCUUUAUAAGAAAUGCUAUGCGGCUGGAACCAGUUUUC